AUGAUUAUAGAAAAUCCAGAUGCGUUCAAAACAUGGUUGACCUCCAUAUUGGAACCCCUAUGUGAUGCUGAUCCGGCAGCAUUAGCCAAAUAUGUCUAUGCACUUGUUAAGAAAGACAAGCCAUUGGAUGAGCUUCGUGAUGGAAUGCUGGAUCAGCUUGAUGUGUUCUUGCAACAAGAGACCAAACCGUUUGUAGAGAUGCUGUUUAAGGCAUUGGAGAGCCAGGAGUACCUAAAGCCUGUUGAGGAGAAGAAAGAUGAAAUGGCAAUAGAACCUGAAGUACCAGUUGAGGAGCCACAACCUGAGAAUCAUGUGGCUCCAAUGCCUACGGAGCCUGAAGACAAGCAACGGAACAAUUCCCCCCCUGCUGCAGAAGUGAAGGAGCCUCCUCGACACCGAGUGGUGGUACCAAGGAGACCUCCGCAACAUGAGCAUACUCUAGUCAAGGUAUUACCUACUGAACUCCUAGAAGAACCAGUGGAACCUCCAAGGAGAAGAGAUAGAAGGAAUGACUUGAUACGUGAUAAAGAUGACCGUCGCCGCCGCCGUUCCCGGUCAUGGGAGAGACGUUCCCGGGCGAGACGACACCCACGUGACGAUGGACAUCCGGAUAGACGGUAUGAUAAGAGGAGACCCUCACGAUCUCCAUCACCAAGAGGUCGGUAUAGGAACAGAAGUCCACCGACUGCAUUGUUGGAUAGACAGCCUAGCCGGUCUAGGUCAAGAUCUCCAGUUACUCGUGAUAGAGAUCUCGAGAGAGAAAGGGAUAGGCUGCGUCCCGCGCGUGAGUUGGAGCGAGAUAGGAUGUCGCGCGACCGAGAGCACCGGGAUCGCUUGUCUCGCUCUAGAGACCGAGAAAGGUCUCGUGACAGAUCGCGCGAUAGGACGUUAUCGCCGCACGACACAAGAUUAGACCACACGGACACGUACAAACGCAGAUGUAGAGACUUUGACGUGAAAGGCUACUGUAUGCGCGGCGAUCUUUGCGAAUGGGAUCACGGUGUGGAUCCCGUUGUGCUGGAAGACGCUGCUCUUACCAGAGUUCUGGCUUUGCCACCACCUGUGCCAGAAUACAACCCGGCCACUCCGGACAUCUGGGUGGGAGGAGGAUUCGCGGCUUUCCCCCCGGCGCCUCACCCCCCGCCCGCCCAUCACAUGACGCCCAGGGAACUCGUGCCUAUACCUAGAGUACGUCACGAAAUGCCAACUGGAGCGAUGGUACCUCCCGUGCCGAGACAUCCUCCGCCGAUGAAGAAGAACUUUGACUAUAAUAGACUUGGCUCUAACAGACCACCGUUACCGGGAAAGGGUAUGAAUUGCUCCUUAGAAGUGAAGAAAGUGCCUCACGGACUCAACGAUAUAACACAUCUGAACAACCACUUCAGCAAGUUUGGCAAGAUCGUUAAUAUUCAGGUUUGCUUUGAAGGCGAUCCCGAAGCAGCGCUUGUGACAUUCUCUAAUCCAACGGAGGCAAAUGUUGCCUACAAAAGUACAGAAGCAGUGUUGAAUAAUAGAUUCAUCAAGCUGUUUUGGCACAACCCUGAGAACAAACAAGAGAACGCAGCGCCAAUCGCUCAACAGAAAAACCAGAACAGCAAUCCACUCUCGCACAACAAAGUCUACAUCAACAAAGACAACAUUAAGGCUAGUGAGCAGAAUAAACAGAAAGAAAAGUUGAAAGAGACGAACGGCGAAACAGAGAAGAAAGACGAGAAACCGUUGGACAAGUACAAGGAAGUGAUGGAGAGGUACAAACGUGCCCAGGUGCUUCUUCAGACGCAGCUGACGCAGCAGAAAGUUACCAUAAGCAAGUUGGAGAGUGGUAACGUCAGUGAAGAGCAGAAAACAGAAUUCAUGGAGACGAUAAAGGCUGCACAAGGGGCCAUAGAGAAAUUGAGGAAAGAACUUGUUGCAUACAAUGGCAUGAUCAAACAUUUGCAGGAGGAGAAUGUGUCGCGCUCCAUGUCUCGGCUACAACUGAAUCAGGGAAAGAAGCCAAAAACGGCUGCAGAGGCCCAAAAAGAGAUUUUGGAUGCUGAACUGGAUAUCAUUACCAAACAACAGGAGGGGCAAGACGUUACGGAAUUGGCGAAGAAAAUUGUAGACAUGCGCCGCAAGAUGUCCAUACAGUUUCCAUCUCACACAGGCGUUAGAAAAGUCCACUCUAGGGGUGGUCGUUUUAACCCCGCAAUGCGUUACACGCGCAACGCAGCCGCACCGGCCCCGAAGACGUUCAGCGAUUUGUCUGUCGAUCACCGGCCUCGCACUCUGCUGAUAUCCGGCUUUGAACCGGAUGAAUUGGAGGCCGUGCAGACUCAUUUUGCGAAAUAUGGAGAGAUUGUCGGUAAAGUCGUGAACAUGUCAGUCCCGGAACUGACGGUGCAGUACAAAAUCCGACCCCAAGCUGAAAUGGCUCUGAUGCGAGGAAGGAACUACAAUGAUCGGACGCUCAGUAUAACGUGGGUAGCCAACAAUAAGCCUCUUGGAGCAGCGCCAAGCGCGACCCAAAAUGGAGAUGCGCCAGCGCAGGAGAACAGUAAGGAUACGCAGAACCAGGAGCAAAGCGAGGACUUCCGUUUCGAUGAGGAAGAUGAGGAUGAAGCCGACGAAGAAAGGUCUUGGAGGCGUUGA